AUGGAUGAUAUUGAAGCCCAGUUGGCUGCUUUGCAUGGAGAAGACCUUGAUGCGAAACCAGCAGUGAAUGUGAAGCCGAGGAAAUCAGACUUGCUUGCGGGGUCCUUGAGCCCGAGGGCGAUUUUCGGGGAUGACACUUCGAGACCCGGUCAUGAAACAUCGCAUAAGAAAGUUUUUGUCGAUCAUGAUAAAUCGUUAAAAUCAGGCAAGCAUGUCAAACUCGGCUCCGACCGGAAGCGGAAACACAGUGGGAGCAAGAAGGAAGUCAAGAUAUUGUCCACUACACCGGAAUCCACGAGUGUUUCUCCGACUCCUGGUGACACUGGUCACGAGAGACUGAAGAAGGCUGCGCGUUCAGCAUUUGCCAAUUCUAGCUCUGAGCCCAAGAGCUCAAGUUGGAAGUGUUGCUUUUGCAGGCGUGGAACGUGUUUCGGGGGCCUGAGGGACUUGUAUGGCCCUUACAUUGUGCCCAAGAAGCACAAGUCCAAAGCUGGGCAUGCUGAAUUGAGUCCUGGGGAGGAGAUUUGGUUCCACCAAGACUGCAUCUACUGGGCACCUGGGGUUUAUGCCUUGCCGAAUGCUGGAUCAGAAAUGCCAGUUGGUCUGUUGGAUUGUCUGGAGGAAAGCUUGAUCACUCUGUGCAUGUCUUGUGGUGAACCCGGAGCAACAGUGGGAUGCAUCGGAAAGCGGUGUUGCAAAAGUUACCACCUGCCCUGUGCCUACGCCUCUGACUGCGACUUGGACACCGCGAAUUUGCACAUGCUUUGUGUUGCUCACAAAGUUCAGAAACCGAGGGUUUUGCCAUUUUUCUUGGAGUACGGAGACUAUCAAACUGCGUUAUUCGCGGGGAAAUUCGGUUUGUGUGAAGAUGGCAUUAAAUUUGUUUCGCGGGAUUUUGGCUCCAAGAAUGUUGGCGAGAAGUUCUGUGCACAGGUAGUGUUGAAUGUUGAAUGUUUCAUGGAACACCAGCGAAAGAAUGAAGCGAAGAAGCGACCUCUAUCCCCGUGUCUGCGCUCGUAUGAGUUCAACAUGAACAUGUUCAACAGCAUUAGUCACAGGCUGACUGGAGCUGGACUGACUGGGGUUUUCUAUGGCUCUGUGCUGGUGUACAUGUGCGCCAUGACGCCUUUUCCGGAUUUGAUCAAUUUUUUGUCGACCUUCGAAGUUCCUGUUUUGUUUGGUACUGUCAAGUUCUUGACUGGCUGGUGGUUCACGUAUCAUUUGUUGGCUGGUGUCCGGCAUAUGCUGUGGGACUUUGGACAAGGCUUGACGAAUGCGUCUGUGUUCUGGGGCGGAAUCGGAGUGGAAAUCGUGUCCUUUUUCUGGGCAAUCUACUUGGCCUUUUUCUAGUUCUCAGCAACUCUGUUCUACCUGGGA